AUGAAGGUAUUGUUACUAUUUACCUGCCUUUUUAUGACCGUAUUUUCCGAAGAGGGCUCGAGUUUAGAGCUGGCAGACGAUUUCGCUGAAAACGAAUAUGAGUUAGAGGAAAAUGCAGACACAGAAGUUGCGGAGAAUGAAGAGGAAGAUGAGUUUGAUGACGAUGAAGAAGAAGAAGCUGAUGUUGAGAUGGAAGACGACGAUGAGGAGGAAGAUGAUAUGAAAGACGACGAUUGGUGCUGGACAAGAAGUUGCAGAAGAAGAAGACGUAAAGAAAGAGAAGAGAGAGAACGUCGUGCCAGAGAAGCCCGAGAAGCUCAACAACGAGCUUGGCAACAACAGCAAGAGAAUAUUCGAAGAGCUCAAGAGGAAGCCCGACGACGUCAACAAGAACACCAACGACGUCAAGCUGAGAGAAGACGAAGAGAAGAAGCUGAGCGCCGACGUAGACAUGAAGCUGCACGUCGUAAGAAAGAAGAAGAACGUAAAAGAAAGUUAGCUGCACGAAACAAGUUAGUUAAAGAUAAGAACGAUGCCAUUAGAAAAGCUGAACUGUUGCAGAAGAAGUUACUCCAAUCACAUAAAGUCUCGGACGCUGCAAGAAAAGCUUUUAUUAAAGCGCAAAAAGCAUUGGAAUCGGGAUCAAGAAAGAAGACUAAAGAAUUACUUGCUAAAUUGAAAGAAGCUACACACGGUGGGCAAUUGAGUAAAAAAGAAAACAAACUCUUGAAGCUUGAAAUGAUGAAAAUGAAAAAGAUGUUGGCUGAGAGUAAGAAGAAGAAAUGCACAAAACCAAAGUGCAACUGCCAGAAGAUUAAAAAACUUAAAAUUAAGGUCCACAAACUUAAAGAUAAAUUGUGCGAUAUGAAGGCUAAAAUUGCUGUUGCUAAUGUCGAACUCAAGAACCAAAAAAGAAUUGCUGAAGAGGCUAAGAAACAGAGAGACGAGAAGAUCAAUAAGAUUAAAGAAAAGUUUGAGGACAAACUCGACAAAAUCAAAAACAAAAAAGAGGAUAAAAAAGCCGAGAAAAAGGCUAAAAAAGCAUCCAAACAGUAA